AUACGCCCCCAUAAUCAAAGCCCAAUGGAGCAGUAUCAGACUCAUAUUCGAACUAGAAUUGAGUAUGACCACGUCAGGCUACCAGCAUAUUAAGACAGACAGGAAAAGUAGUCAAUGAGAGUGCGGUAACUCUCAGUCAGUGCAACCUUCUUUUUCUGCACGAGAUUUAUUUUUCUGCAGCCUGCUGCUGAAUUGCGUUUUGCUGUGAGAGCUAACGUUAAUGAAAAUGGAUGUAACCGUUAAGGACGAGUGUAUAAACGGUGUCAAGGAGGAACACGACGAUACAGUUGUGAAGGUGGAAUCGUCCGAUAUCAACGAGAAACACGACGAGACUGUUGAAUUGGGAGAAUUAUCUGAAGAGAGUGAUGAUUCCAGCGUGGAGUCCUCAGAAGAGUUCCUGGAUGAUCUGGAUCAAGUGUUGGACCAGUUUUCAGAUUAUGAUCCCACUAAUGAUGUCUCUGAUGAUGACUGGUAUCCAGAGGUCACUCCACGAAAGAAGAAGAGAUCUGGUCUGUCUUCUGUUUCACCAUCUCCAGCAAAGUCUUGCAGAUCUGCUUCACCUGCUUCUGUACAAAGUAGUAAAGGGAAAGGUAGGAAAAGCAGUGUGAGAAGAUCCCUACCCUUUUCCAUUUCAGAAAACAAGUGGAAAAGUAUGGAUGAGCCUGAUAUUGAGCCGACUCAGCCAAUCUUCAGACCUAGAGAAACGCCCGGUCCACAGUUGGUCUCCAAUGCUUCAUGCAGUCCUUUACAGUAUUUUGAGUUGUUCUUUUCAAAAUCAGUGAUGAAGACAAUUGUAUCACAUACAAAUACAUAUGGGGCCAUGCGUUUUGAAGGGAAGAAUAAACCAUGGGAGGACAUUUCUGUGAAGGACUUGAAGAAAUAUAUAGCACUGGUGAUUUACAUGGGUGUGCUGAAAUGCUUCAAACUGACAGACUACUGGAGGAAGUCAGAUAUCUACAGUCUGCCGUUUCCUGCACAAAUCAUGUCUAGUAGGAAAUUUUUUCGCAUAUGUUCAGCUCUCCAUCUUAGUGAUCCCAAAGUGGAUGCAGAGAAUGACAAGAAGAAGGGAAUGCCUGAAUAUGACCGCCUGUGCAGGAUCAAACCGCUGUACCAGGACAUUAGGGAUGCCUGCAGAGCCACUUUCCAUCCCUUUCAGAACAUCUCCAUUGAUGAAAGAAUGGUGGCAUCAAAGGCUAGACAUGGACUCAAAAAGUACAUGAAAAACAAACCUACAAAAUGGGGGUACAAACUCUUUGUACUGGCAGAUUCCCUCUGUGGAUAUACGUGGGACUUCUUCAUUUAUGAGGGAAAGGUGAAUUCAGAAGAGAGCAAAGGCAUUAGCUAUGAUUCUGUCAUGAUUCUGGCAGAUGAAAGGUUGUUGGGUACUGGCUACAAGCUGUUUGUUGACAACUUUUAUACCAGUCCCAAGCUUUUCAGAGACUUGCUGGCUAAAAGGAUCUUUGCUUGUGGCACUGUUCGGGCAAACCGCAUCGGCCACUCAAAGAAACAUGCUCCUCGUGGCAAUAUUCGCUGGUUUAGGGAAGAUGACCUGCUGUUUGUUGAGUGGAAGGACAAGAGGGACGUGCUGAUGUGCUCCACCUUUCAUAAAGCCUUUAAUGGUGACACCAUAAAGAGGAACGUGAAAGGAGCCGAUGGAGUUUGGGCCAUUCAGGAUUUCCCAGUUCCAGCUGCAGUGUUGGACUACAACAAGCACAUGGGAGGAGUGGAUCUGUCUGAUGCGCUUAUUGGAUAUUACACAGUUCUACAUAAAACUAAAAGAUGGUAUCGGUCCUUUUUUUACCACUUUGUGGACAUCGCUGUAGUAAACGCCUUCAUUUUGCACCAGCAGAUGGCCAAGAUGAAGAACCAGAAGCCUCUGACGCAGAAGGCCUUCCGGGAGGCUCUUGUCAGAGAGCUUGCAGGAAGAGGCCCUGAAUAUGCCUCUGAACGAGAAAAACCGAUUCCUUCUACAAACUCCCACCUGCCCAAGUACAUCAAAGGACACAGCACAUACGGAAGACGGAAAUGCAAAAUGUGUCCCAAUAAAACUCCAGUCCUGUGUGAAACUUGUGGGGUGCAUUUGUGCUUCAUGCCGAAGCGUGACUGUUACAGAAGAUGGCAUCAAUCAGGUCUCUGUAGUGAGUCUGAACAGAGUAAAACUUAAAGUGCAGUUAAUUUGUGAACAAGUUUAAACUGCCGACCAAAACAAAAAAGUUAAGAGCAUUAUCAAACCCCAGAAAUUCAAAGAAAUGCAACAUGAAUCUAGCAAGCCGUUGACAAUGACUAAUGGCAUUUGAGGCUUAUGAAUACUGAUAAACAGGAAGCAUCAUAGAAAAGAAAAUUAAACUUUUAGUAGUAGGUUUAUGAGUUUUCGCUUUGCAAGUAGAUGUAAAUGAAAACGAACACUUUCUUUUUCUCCCAGUUUUAUUCUGUUGCACUGAACCUAUAUUUUUUGGGCUUUUGCACCAUCCAUCCAAAGAUUUACCACUGCAGAAUUGUGACAUUUACUACUGAUCCAGGCUUAUUGACACAGUUAUGCUUUCUUUGUGGUCCUGCAAAGUCAGGAUUAUAACAUAUGUGGACAAUUGUGUGAAUAAAGCCAAUCGACCAUUGUGGUUCUCCUGUCUUGAGUGCUAUUAGCUACCUUUGCUGGAAAAUAUGUGUGUGGAACGUUUUGUAAUUGUACCAAAAUGUUCUCUCAUUUGAAAUUAUAUUGGUGUCUGAUUUGAGUGAUAUUUGAGUGAGUCUGUAAAUUGUUGC